GUACAGGUCCCCUGUGAUUGGCUGCGGCGUUGUCACUCCCCCGUCCUUCUCCGCCCGGGCAGCUAUUUUCCAUUCGGUGGGGGUUCUGGCCGGGGCUGCGCCGUCCCUGCGAGGCAGCGGGAGCCGGGUGGGCCCGGGAGCAGAUGAUGCUGGGGCCCCGGGAGGAGCCGGGACGGGGCUGAGAUGCGCCGGCCCCGCCGCAGCUGAACGGUAACAUAAUCCAUGGAUCAAGUGGGAAAGAUGUGGAACAACUUCAAAUACAGAUGCCAGAAUCUCUUCAAUCAUGAAGGUGGAAACCGAAAUGAAAACAUAGAUGUAGACUCCACUCGAUGUUCAUCUGUUAAAGACAGAAGUAUCCAUGUACCCGAUUUGGCUCCGCAGCAACCAAGCAGCCCUUUAAGAGAGAACAUUGCCUUACAACUGGGUUUAAGUCCUUCAAAGAAUUCAGUGAGGAGAAAUCAGAAUUGUGUCACUGACAUCCCUCAGAUUGUUGAAAUAAGCAUUGAGAAAGAUAAUGACUCGUGUGUUGCCACAGGAACGAGACUUGCACAAAGGGAUUCCUACUCUCGGCAUGCUCCUUGGGGUGGGAAGAAGAAACAUUCCUGUUCUACGAAAACCCAAAGCUCCUUGGAUAACGAUAAAAGAUUUGGUCGAACACGAAGCGGCUUGCAAAGGCGGGAGCGAAGAUACGGUGUGAGCUCCGUUCAUGAUACGGACAGCGUAUCAAACAGGACUGUAGGUAGCCGUACUCUGCGACAGCGGCUUCAGGAUACCGUUGGGUUAUGUUUUCCCAUGAGAACUUAUAGCAAACAGUCCAAACCUCUCUUUUCUAAUAAAAGAAAGAUUCAUCUCUCUGAAUUAAUGCUUGAGAAAUGUCCUUUCCCUGCUGGAUCUGAUCUUGCCCAAAAGUGGCAUCUGAUUAAGCAACAUACAGCUCCUGUGAGCCCUCAUUCAACUUUUUUUGAUACAUUUGAUCCUUCCUUGAUUUCUGCAGAAGAUGAAGAAGACCGACUUAGAGAGAGACGUAGGCUUAGUAUUGAAGAAGGGGUUGAUCCCCCUCCUAAUGCCCAAAUACAUACUUUUGAAGCUACAGCACAGGUUAAUCCAUUAUAUAAACUGGGACCAAAGUUAGCCCCGGGUAUGACUGAGCUGACUGGGGACAAUAGUGCAACACUACAGGGAAACUGUGAUUCUGAAGAGGACACAACAACCCUCUGCUUGCAGUCACGCAGGCAAAAGCAACGUCAGGUGUCUGGAGAGAGCCAUGGCCAUAGCAGCAGACAAGGGGCUUGGAAAGUACAUACUCAGAUUGAUUACAUACACUGCCUUGUGCCAGACUUACUUCAAAUAACAGGUAACCCAUGUUAUUGGGGUGUGAUGGACCGUUAUGAGGCAGAGGCACUUCUGGAAGGCAAACCUGAAGGCACUUUUUUGCUCAGGGAUUCUGCACAAGAGGACUACCUCUUCUCUGUGAGCUUCCGUCGUUACAACAGAUCCCUCCAUGCACGUAUUGAGCAAUGGAAUCACAAUUUUAGUUUUGAUGCUCAUGAUCCCUGUGUAUUUCACUCCUCCACUGUUACAGGACUUCUAGAACACUAUAAAGACCCUAGUUCUUGCAUGUUUUUUGAACCAUUACUUACUGUAUCUCUGAACAGGACUUUUCCUUUUAGUCUGCAGUAUAUCUGCCGGGCAGUAAUCUGCAGGUGCACUACGUAUGAUGGAAUUGAUGGCCUCCCUUUACCAUCAAUGUUGCAAGACUUUCUAAAGGAAUAUCACUAUAAACAAAAAGUCAGGGUGCGAUGGUUGGAACGGGAACCUAUUAAGACAAAGUAAACAGAAUCUAGAGUCCCCAGUAGGCUUACUAGGUUAUGCAUAUUUUUUUUGUGCAUUAGUUUAACUCAGCAAGCACAUCAGCUUUUUUGCAAUACCGUAUUUAAUCUCGAUGUUUAGUAUCAUGUCAGAUGCUGUCUGCUGUUACAUAAAUCAAGUUGUGAUGCCUCUUGAAAUAAUAAGCAGAGACAAAGCGACGUGUUUUUCAUUAAGACGUACGUAAAAAUCAUUUGCUAACUUCUAAAUGUUUUCCUUUUCCUUUUUUGUAGCUGUAGUAAUUGGGUGAAGCAACUAUGGGGCAUUUCAUCUAAUGCUAAAGAACAAAAAUAAUUUUUUUUUAUUGGUUGAACAUUUUAAUGAUUUGAGUAAUGUUAAAAAAUUUUCAACAAAAUCUUUCCUCCUUUUGAAAAGUUUAAUUAUUCCUUUCAAACAAGUUUCCAAAUGUUAAUAAAUAAAACAUUUCAAAAUGCAUUUUUUUUUUUAGCAGCAUGGGAAUCCUGUGUUCCAUUAAGAGGUUUUUUUUAUACUAAAAAUCAAUCAUAGUUAGUGCACCAGGUUUCCUAAAGAUGAGGGCUUGAAUAUGUCUGAUCAGAAGUGGACUUCUAUUUAAAACAUUCAUGGGUUUAAGUGAUAUUAUUAGCAAGAUUAAUACUAUCUUGGACCGACAGUUAAAUACCUGCUAUUUGAAAUUUUAAAAAAAUGAAAACUUGCUUGAAUUUGAUUGUUGCCAUUAGUUAACCAGUCUGUAAACUUUGCUAAAAACUAAAUAUAAGAAUUAGUGACCUGACAGCUACCUGUCACAGUUGCAAAUGAUGAUGAGAAAUGUUAAUUUAAAACACUAUUUAACAUUGUUUAUGCUGAAAGUGUUCAUAGCUGAAUUAUAACUUAAAUACCAUUUCUAAAAAAAUAAAUAGCAUGUUUCAAAGGUACUAUUUUUAUUCGUAAAUAACAUUUUUCCAUUUAGCAUCUUUUUGUGAUAUUUAGACUAUGUGCUGAUACCGUUCAAACAAACUACUUGGAAUUGAAAUUCUAAGUUUGAUUCCAUUAUUUAAUAUUGGACUGAAGUUUCCAAUAUUAAAUAAGUGAAUCAAACUUAUUUUAAUCAAACUGUUUCCAACUGUUCUGUCCUUGACAUUUUUGCACUAAAAUGGUUUUGGAAUCUCCAGUCACCUUUUUAAAUGUAUUUUGUACCACUUAAGUGCUCCCUAGUUUCUUUAUCAGCUGCUACAGUAUGUUGUUACUUCUCUAUGGCAGUGACUGUGAGAGUUAGGAAACCUUUUGGCUGCAAAUACAAGAAUUUUCUUGUAUGCAACACUAACCCUUCUAUCAGUGUAUUUUUCUGCUUGCUGUGCCUUGUUAUGGCUUUUUUUGUGCUAAUAAAGUACAGUAUGUUCAGUGUUAUACUUGUAUAUCUGAUCUGUUUUAUAUUUGCAUAGCUUCUCUUGUAGUAGUUAACUGAAUUUUUUUAAUAGCCUUUACCUAGUACAUAUUGUAGAUGAUGCACAAGUACGUGCAGUUAAAUAUUGGUUCAUCUUUGACUCUGUUAGGUGACUUUUCAGAAUCCUAACAAUGUUUCUAUAGUCACUGCAAAAUAAUAGACUGGCUGCAGUUCAAGUAUUUACAACAUAAAAGAUAAGUGAUAGAAAAACAAGUUUUUUUUUCAGAAGUGUUAUUGAUCCCCUGUAGUAGUUGCAGAUGCUGUCUCAGCCAAUUAUAGUUGAUUACUAAAUUAACUGAAUAUUCUGAUAUUCCUCGCUAAAUCAGGAAUAGCUAUUGAGUGCUGCAAAUUGACAGUACAUCAGUAUCACCGAGACCACUUUUUGAUAAACGCACAUACAUACAAAAUGCCCUAACCAUAUUUUUACCAAAGAAUGCUGUUAAUGUCUUCAUUUCUUCAGCAAAGUUAGGGUGGAGGAUAUGAUUUCUGUUGUAUCAAAUAUUUAUCCCCAACUAAGAUUAAACCAAAGUAUUUGAGAACUUCAUCUGAACUUGUUAAAGUAUUGUAUGCAAUUACGUUGAUGGAGCAUAAAAAUUGUGUACUAGUAAGUUCAUCGUUUUUGUGAAUUGACAAUGCACAUGCAAAUAGAUAAGAAAAUGAUUAAAACAGUUUUGUAAUGACUGAAAGAAUGCUACGUAAAAUCAUAUUGAAAGGAGCUAAUUUGAAAUACCCAGAAAGUACUUUAAAAUGUGUUUAUGCUUGUGGAAAACUGUUCCCAUUAUGCAUUUUUUGUAGUAGCUAAUAUGCUUUCAUAUGUUAAACUUCAACUGUUAAAAUGAAACUUUGUUUGAACAUGUAAAUACUUCUCACUAAGGUUAUGUAAGCAUGUGUACAAAUGUGCUAAGUCACUUACGUUCUGAGUCGUGUGUAUCAAUGAAUAUGCAACUUUUGGUUUAAAAUCUGCUCUAAGACUAACUGCUUACAUUAAACAAAAAAUCACCAGCAUGAAAUUUCACCCAAGUGUACCUUCACUGUGUCUCUCUGUAUUCCCUCAUUUGGGUUUAGAUUCCAGAUGAGCUUACUUUAUAGUUCUUGUAAUAAUAGAGUUCUAAUGUUAAGUCCCAUCCAAGUUUUGUUCCAAAAUAGGGACCUGGUCUUUGCUUUAUAUCUACUGCAGUCUAUACAUGCUGUGAAUUUUAAAAACUAACAUUGGAAAACUUGUCCUUACGUUUGUGUAAACAGUUGUUAGUGCUACCUGCAUGGACACGAUUUAUUGCGCCCCUUCUCUCCCCUCCCCCCCAAUAAAUCAUAUUAGAGUGAGGGUUUUUUAAAGUACAGAAUGGUUUAUUUUACUGGAAAUAAAUGGCAGAGUUAUUUCCAAACCUGAAGUUUCUAAAACAAUCUUCAAAAUUAAACUUGAUUUUAAGCGUUACAGUAGAUUUAACUAUUAACUAUGCUCUGAAAAGUAGUCAUGUUUCAAAUUUUUCAGUAACAUUGAGUUCCUUUAUUUUCAUUAUAAAGGGGCAAAACAUUUGAUGCAUUGAAUGCUACAAAAUUAGGCUGACUUUGUAGCUGACAAGUUAAAUUAAAACGUAAGGAUAAAAGUGCCUACUUGAUCUUUAACUUUCUGGAUUUUGUUUUUAUAACUUUUUAAAAUUUCCCUCUUUAAAGAUGUGCACAACCUACUUCUGUAACAUUAAAGAACAUCUUUCUUUAGGUUAAUAACAUGCCCUGGCAUAAUUUCAGUCUUAUUGGGCAGAUAUGUAUUUGGGCCUCAAUUCUGUAAAAAGAUCCGCGCCUCUGAGACUAGUUGAAGGAUUCAUCCGUGGGGUUUGCUUCUUAGGAUCUUGGCCAUAGUUGAAAAAGAACAUGAUAAUGAAGCAUUAGUGAAAAUCUUUGAACAUUUAAGAAGAAUUCAGAGUGUGUAAAAUAUAUUUGUCACAAUUCUUCAAUUAUGUAAAUUGGAAUACUUUUAAUGAGAUUAGCAUGUCUAACGUUUGAGAGAUGGAAAUUUUAUAGUGAACACCACAGUGGUUACAUAUAUAGAAUAUAUAACAUUUCUUAUGAAAGAUUGUUCCCUCUGUUUAGCAACAAUGUCUAUUAAACAGAAAUAUAUUAGCUGGCCUUCAUGUUACACAAUGUCAAUGGAUAUGUCUACACUGCAACUAGACUCCCACAGCUGGCCUGUGCCAGCCAGCUCAGGCUGCAGGGCUAUUCCACUGCUGUGUAGAUUUCCAGGCUCAGGUUGGAGCCAGGUCUUGCAGGGUCCUAGAGCACAGGCUCCAGCCCGAGCCGGGAAGUCCACACAACAGUGAAACAAACCUGCAGCCCAUGCCUGAGUCAGUUGGGAUCGGCCAGCCGUGGGUGUUCAGUGGCUGUGUAGACCUACCCAAAGUGGAUAAUUGCUUGCCGAAUAUCAUUGCAGUCAGAACUUUCAUGGCAAAAAUAGUAUUUAAACAAUUUUAAUUGUUCUGGUGUUUAGAUUAUGUAUAACUUUCAGAUUGACUUUCCAUGAAGAACUCCUGAAAAUACUCUUCUUGUAGAAAAUAUGGGACAAAGUGCUUCUAUCAGAAGAAACUCCUUUUAGAACUUUUUUUUAAAGAUGACUUGCUGAUCAUGUUUUGAAAUUAAUGUGCUUUAAACUCCAGUCAUGUAUAUUUGAAGUGUUCCUAUUACAUGUUUCAUGAUAACAGGUAAUGUUGCAUAUUUUUAUUGUUUGUUGCAUUAAGUUUUGAAUUAAACAUUUCAAUGUUUCCUCCCA